AGGGAGGGCGCGGCCGCCCGACCAGGCCUCAGGGGCAGAGCGUCUUCAGCCCGCCGCCCCGCCGCCUCCCUCGCUCGGUGCCCCCGGCGCCGCGCGGGUCCUCGCGCUCGCCCGCGCUGCCUCGCGGCAUUUGGUCCCUCCCUCUCGCCGUCCUUCUUGCCCCUCCUCCCCCGCCCUCCGGGUUGUCAGGGCAACCGGGCGACGCCGGCCCGGGAGGAGAGGCGUUAGGAGGGGCGGCGGCGGCGCCGGAGGCUCGGCCCGCGGGCGCCCGGGAGCAGCUGACCAUGGAGCCCCAGAGAUUUCAGCAGUACCUUAGCUGGGGGUGCUGUCUUGGACUGUAAUAUGUUGGCCAGGGAUGCAGCCACCUGAAGGCUGGACUGAGGCUGGAGGGCCUGAUUGCAAGAUGGCACACUCAACAUGGAUGCCAAGGUGGUGCUGGCUGUCAGCAGGAGACCUCGCAGGCCUUGCAUCUCAUUUUUUGAUCCCUUGCCGAGACCAGCUCAGCGACUCGAGAAAUCACACUAUCCUCAAAGCCUCAUCCACCUGUUGUGGGCAAAGUGACUCAUCACAGCAUUGAAUUAUACUGGGAUCUGGAGAAGAAAGCCAAGCGGCAGGGACCCCAGGAGCAGUGGUUCAGGUUUUCUGUUGAAGAAGAAGACCCCAAAAUGCACACUUAUGGUAUCAUUUAUACGGGAUACGCAACCAAACACGUUGUGGAAGGUCUGGAACCACGGACCCUGUACAGGUUUCGACUGAAGGUCACCAGCCCCUCCGGAGAGUAUGAGUACAGCCCAGUGGUCUCGGUAUCUACAACCAGAGAACCCAUAAGCAGCGAACACUUGCACAGAGCUGUCAACGUGAACGAUGAAGAUUUGCUGGUUCGAAUACUACAAGGAGGUAACGUGAAGGUUGAUGUUCCCAAUAAGUUGGGCUUUACCGCCCUGAUGGUCGCUGCCCAGAGAGGAUACACCAGGCUUGUGAAGAUCCUCGUUUCUAACGGCACAGAUGUGAACCUGCAGAAUGGAAGUGGCAAGGACAGUCUAAUGCUUGCAUGCUACGCGGGACACCUAGAUGUCGUGAAAUAUCUCCGAAGACACGGUGCUUCUUGGGACACUAGAGACCUAGGAGGCUGUACAGCUCUGCACUGGGCUGCAGAUGGGGGCCACUGCAAUGUGAUUGAGUGGAUGAUAAAGGACGGCUGUGAGGUGGACGUCGUGGAUGCUGGCUCAGGGUGGACCCCGCUCAUGAGGGUCUCCGCGGUCUCCGGGAACCAGAAGGUCGCCUCUCUGCUGAUUGACGCAGGCGCGGACGUGAAUGUGAAAGACAAAGACGGGAAGACCCCUCUCAUGGUGGCCGUGCUGAAUAACCACGAAGAGUUAGUCCAGUUACUUCUGGACAAAGGGGCAGAUGCACGUGUGAAAAAUGAGUUCGGCAAAGGUGUCCUAGAAAUGGCCAGAGUUUUUGACAGACAGGUUGGGAUGUUGUUUCCGCCCUUUGAGGCUCAUUUUGUAGCACUCACAAAAAAAGAAAAACACCCAAACCUUGGAUUACAUGCACCUGUUUUUGUUUAUCUAGAAUGUAGUCUCCUUGUUAGAAGAAAGGAAAAAAAAGCAAAUGCCGAAGAAGUCAUCUAUUCACUGACCGGGGCACCUCUGAUCUCCCUCUGAAAGCCAAGUGAAACGAAGCAAAACGGGACUUGAACUAGAGAGACAGAAUUCUGCAUCUUUGAGGGCUAUACAUUUGAUUAUUUAUUUAGUUGAAGAUUCACAGUGACUUUUGUAACAUACAAGUGUUCCCACUUUGAAAUACAUCUUUUUACCUAA